CCGAGGCAUGCUCGGCGGCGCUUGCUCCCUGGCUGGCUCCUCUCUCUCUCUCUCUCCCCUCAGUCGGCCGCUGCCGCUGCCUGCCUGUCGCCGGGGCUGGGAGAGAGCCUGAGAGGGAGAGCGUGUGUGUGUUAUGUGAGUGACGCGGCGGAGGUGUAGUUUGACGCGGUGUGUUACGUGGGGGAGAGAAUAAAACUGCGGCGAGAGCCUCGGCGCGAACGAAAGCAGUGACGGAGCAGCCUGUAGCCGAUAACUAAAUGACCAUGGAAUCUGGUGCAGAGAACCAACAGAGUGGAGAUGCAGCUGUUACAGAGGCAGAAAAUCAACAGAUGACUGUUCAGGCACAACCACAAAUUGCAACAUUGGCCCAGGUAUCCAUGCCUGCAGCUCACGCAACAUCUUCCGCUCCCACUGUGACUUUAGUGCAAUUGCCUAACGGACAGACAGUUCAAGUCCAUGGCGUCAUUCAAGCUGCACAGCCAUCAGUUAUUCAGUCUCCACAAGUCCAGACAGUUCAGAUCUCCACUAUUGCAGAAAGUGAAGAUUCACAGGAAUCUGUGGACAGUGCCACUGACACCCAGAAACGAAGGGAAAUUCUUUCUAGGCGACCUUCCUACAGGAAAAUAUUGAAUGAUUUGUCCUCAGAUGCCCCAGGAGUGCCAAGGAUUGAAGAAGAAAAAUCUGAAGAGGAAGCAACAGCACCUGCUAUUACUACUGUCACCGUGCCAACUCCAAUUUAUCAAACAAGCAGUGGGCAAUACAGGACUGGUGUUGCUGAUAUCCACCAUCAAUAUGGCAAUGCUGUGCAUGCAGUUGCUAUCACCCAGGGAGGGGCAAUCCAGUUGGCAAACAAUGGCACAGAUGGAGUCCAAGGCCUGCAGACUCUAACUAUGACCAAUGCAGCUGCAACCCAGCCAGGUACCACCAUUUUACAGUAUGCGCAGACUACUGACGGACAACAGAUUCUGGUACCCAGCAACCAAGUAGUGGUACAAGCUGCCUCAGGAGAUGUUCAGACCUACCAAAUUCGCACAGCGCCCACAAGCACCAUUGCACCUGGUGUCGUCAUGGCAUCUUCCCCAGCUCUCCCCACUCAACCAGCAGAAGAAGCAGCGCGGAAAAGAGAAGUCCGUCUAAUGAAGAAUAGGGAAGCAGCACGCGAGUGUCGCAGGAAGAAAAAAGAAUACGUCAAAUGUCUAGAAAACAGAGUAGCUGUUCUUGAAAACCAAAACAAGACAUUAAUUGAAGAAUUAAAAGCACUUAAGGACCUCUAUUGCCACAAAUCAGAUUAAUUUUAAUUCCCCGUUUUUUGUUUGUUAAUGGGGAAAAAGACUGGUUUGGUAAUAGCCAAACAGACAAAACAAACUUUUUAUUUUCUAAGCAUUUUUUUUUCUUUUCUUUUUUUUUUUCUACAUACACAACUGUCUGAAAGCAACUAAGGAAUUUGAUUCAUCUGUGCUUGGCAUUAAACUGUGAAUGUUGCACAUCUGCCUUCAGUUCUUCCCCUCCUGAAAUCAAUUUCAUCACAGUACACCCUGGUUCUGAAGAGAAAAAAAAUAUCAAACUUCCUCUUCAAGAAAUAAUAAUCUUCAUUUGUGAAGUUGCAAGAGUUGGAAGUUUCUUAACAAUAAUUUCAAGAGUCAGCAUAAUGUCAUCUGAAUGCCUUCUUAGUGUUACCCUGGACUUUUGCCCUGAAAUACUCAGUGGGCCACAUAUAUAACCAAGGUAUGAUGUACUGAGGUGGUUGUGAUUGCCAAGUUAUUGCAUAAUUUCCAAUAUAUGUUAGCAGCAGUACAGUUAACAUCUAUAUGGUGGGAUAAUGCCAAAGGAGGUGCGUUUCAGGUAUACUAAACAUAGAGGAAUAGGAGUAAGCUGAAGAAAUUAAGGAAGAGGCAAGUGGGACAAUUAUGAACCCAAUCCAAUUUUUGUACAACACAAAAAAAAAACCCACUUAUUUUCUAUAAUGUUUUAAUAAAUUUAAUGUAACCAGAUUUCUGAAUUCAAAUGACAACUCUCACUUUAAGCUUGGUUGGGAUGUGAACUGGUAGGAAGCAAUAGAGAAGUAUAUGUUUAAGAUGGGAACAUAAUAGUACAUUCACUACUGUUUCCUUUUUCUGUAUCCAAAAGCGAGAUUAUCCAAGGUAACGAUUAGAAGCAUAGUUAGCCUAAUGCCCACUUUGGGAAAAGAAACCUUACGGCUGUCCUAAUUGUAUCAUGCAAGUAAUAAUUUUGAAACUUUGCCUCUCGAAAUGUUUGACUUUUCUGUUUUGCUUAAAACCUCCUUUGAUAUAUCUUUAAAAAGAGGUAAAUACAUUCUCUGUUGCAUCAUCUGCAUGUAUAGUGUGGAUAUGAUAAAGAUUUUUUUUUGUUAAAAUCCUACCUAUUGUAUAUUCAGAUGGUGUUACAUUUAUCCCCUGGACAUUUUUAUCAAACACAUUUAAUGCAGCCUACAAUUCAUUUAAGCUGCCUGAUAUCAAUAGGCCUCCCUGUAAUUUAAGGUUAUUUAUAUAUAUGUUGUUGUAUUUGUGCUGAUAAAUAAAUAAAGGGAGA